AAUAGGAACCGAUAACCAAAUUCAUGCAAAAAGUACAACUAUGAAAGUUAUAUUGCCUCCCUCUGUGACACUCACAGCACUGUGACACCUCACUGGGUCAUAUGGUGUCUGGAAGUCACCCCUUCUGCACCGUCUGGAGCGUUCCUGCUGAUGACUAAAUCCCCUCGCUGAUUCCCAUGAUGCCCCCAGAGAGACCACAUGUGUGUGCGAGCGAUUUAUUGCCAGUAGCCUGUGCUCCAGCAUUCAGCUUUCCUCAUCCGGCACCGAACACCCUCCUGUCCGUAUGACUGGGAGUCAGACUCUGCUGCCGUACUUUGGGGUCCACUUCAACAAGAUGGGCUCCUUUAAGCGGCCCAGGCCGCGGUUCAUGAGCUCUCCGGCUCUCAGUGACUUGCCGCGGUUCUACGCCGGUCGCCAGGCGGUACAGCUGAACUCCAGCGCCAUGUGGAACAGUGUGCAAACGGCGGUUAUAAACGUGUUCCGAGGAGGGGGCCUGCAAGUCAACGAACUCUACACUUUGAACGAGAACAUCAGGCACUUGCUGAAAAGCGACCUGGGACCAUUUAUUACAGAUUACUUCCAGAACCAGCUGCUGGCUAAAGGUCUGACCUAUAUGGAAGAGAAAGUGAAGCUGUAUGAAGGUGAAAACCGCAUUGCGAUCCUGUCCGAGCUGUGGGAUCACUUCUACACGGAGAUUCUGCCCACGUUACAGGCCAUAUUUUACCCUGUUCAGGGGCAGGAGUUGACCAUCCGUCAGAUCGCUCUGCUUGGCUUCAGGGAUUCCGUUGUGCUGAAAGUGAAUCUGGCCAAAGCGCUGUCAUUGGUCUCUUCCCAGGUCCCGCCCUCUAUCCUGCAGAUGCUACUGGUCCUUCAGAGUGUACACGAGCCCUCGGGCCCCAAUGAAAGUUUCCUGAGGCUGGAAGAGCUGGUGAAGAUGGUGGUGUCGCCGUAUGUGGGUGCCUAUGGAGAGAGGAACUACAAUUCUAUGGGUGCCUCUAGUAUCCAUGAGUCCCGCCUCUCCAGGUGUCACUCAAGAACAGAGACCAUGCCAUACUCCCCACACGCUACAAGCUCAUUGGCCAGCCAACGUUCCCUGUCCCCCCUCACAGAACAAGAUGGAGAAGCCUACUUGGAAAAGUGCGGCAGCAUUCGGAGGCACACGGUGGCCAACGCACACACGGACAUCCAGCUUCUGGCAAUGGCCUCCAUCCUACACCCAGGGAGGUCUGAAGAGGCGGAGCUUGAUGAACAAUGUCUGCUACUUCAGCCUACGUUCAGCCAGCGACAGUGCAGCAGUGAGCCCAACAUAGCCGACGCCCCCGCGGAGCUUCUCGGGGCCUCCCCCGAACAGACGUCAGAGCAGAAAUGCACCGCCACCAGCUGACGGCACAGCUACAGGGUCUGGCAUGGGACAAUUUGAGCAGUGGGCUGGUGCUGUGGAGAAAUGUCAUGGGGACUUGGAGCAUAUAGGUCAACGGAAACCACUUCUCCCACAAUGCUGCAGGAUAAAACAAGACUCCGCAUAUUCAGUGGAUUGUUCCCCCAUGUGACCUUGCAUUUGGCCAGCCAUUCUGAUUGGCACCUAGUGAGUGUAGUCAGGGCAGUCAGCAACACAGAAAGAUCGACACCUCAUCUGUAUUCUUCAACAAGAAACUUUCAUUAUUAUUCUGCAAGUUAUAAAAUCAAAGCAAAGAUCUGAUUGGAGGCGGUUGAGUAAAUGCACUGGAGCAGCGGAACAGUCCUUAUGUUUUAGAAAUGGUAUUAUGUGACAAGCAGCUUUAUAUCAUGAUGUUAUGAGCAGACUUAGGGGUCUGUUCCUGCUGAAUUGUGCUUAGUACAGGGAAUACCUAUGCUGCCAUAGUUUUAUGGGAUCUCUCUGUACAGACUAUGAGCAAACUUAGGGGGCUGUUCCUGCUGAAUUGUGCUUAGUACAGGGAAUACCUAUGCUGCCAUAGUUUUAUGGGAUCUCUCUGUACAGACUAUGAGCAAACUUAGGGACUGUUCCUGCUGAAUUGUGCUUAGUACAGGGAAUACCUAUGCUGCCAUAGUUUUAUGGGAUCUCUCUGUACAGACUAUGAGCAAACUUAGGGGGCUGUUCCUGCUGAAUUGUGCUUAGUACAGGGGAAUACCUAUGCUGCCAUAGUUUUAUGGGAUCUCUCUGUACAGACUAUGAGCAAACUUAGGGGACUGUUCCUGCUGAAUUGUGCUUAGUACACGGAAUACCUAUGCUGCCAUAGUUUUAUGGGAUCUCUCUGUACAGACUAUGACACAUUUAUGUAUUAAACGCUAACCUAUUCUGUAGCGCUGUACAUGAGGGUACAUAACUGACAUACAAAGUGAUACAUUAGAUAAUGAGGACCCUUCCCACAAGAGCUACAAUCUAUAUGUCGCUGGUCGUGGACAAUCUGGAACAUCUAUUCAUUGUUAUUAUUCAACUUCCUCUCCUGCGGAACAUGAAGCUGCUCAUGACUUCCUGUUGUAGCUCCAUAAUAAUAAAGCGCAGCAAAGCAUUAAAGGAGAACUGACCCUUAAAAAAAGAAUCUGCUGUAUUUGAUAUGCUGACCAGCCUGGAGGUCCAGCUACGUUUGUAUAGAGACAUUUCCAAUGGAAUAGAAAGUGGCCAAUGGGAGAACAUGAGCAACACGGUCAACUGCAAUAAAGAAUAUAUUUCAA